CUCCAAUAUUAGGAAUUGUUAAUCUUCCUGGAUAGACAUUAACCAUGGCGACGAAAGACCACCGAUUAGUAGCUGCAUUAGAUUUCGGAUCAACUUAUUCUGGAUAUGCUUUUUCUAUGCGACAUGAAUUCAAAACUGAUCCAAUGAAAAUUCAUGCUAACCAGGCUUGGAAUUCCGGCGGGAGAGCAUUGUUAUCAUUAAAAACUCCUACAUGUUUGCUUCUGAAUGAUAAAAAGCAAUUCAUAGCUUUUGGUUACGAUGCAGAAAACCAGUAUGCAGAUAUUGUAAUGGAUGAAAAACAAGACGAAUAUUUCUACUUUCAUCGAUUUAAAAUGAAUCUUCAUAACAACAAGCCUGUGAGUGCAGUUGAUGUGUUUAGCCUGUCCAUUAAGGCACUGGUAGAUCAUUUCAUGGACAGUGUGAAAAAACAGGGAACUGGUGUGAAAAUACAGGAAAUACAAUGGGUUUUAACAAUACCAGCAAUAUGGACAGAUGCUGCCAAACAGUUUAUGAGGGAAUGUGCUGAAAAGGUAAUACUUUUUAAAAAAUUACUCCUAGCUCUUGAACCAGAAACCGCUAGUAUAUUCUGCCAGUAUCUGCCGACUGAAAAAUUACACGGAGCAGACCAGACUUUUGCAAUGUCAGCUGAGGGAACUAGGUACAUGGUUGCCGACUUAGGAGGUGGUACAGCUGACAUAACUGUUCAUGAAAAAACAAAAGAUGGACGUCUGAAAGAACUCCACAGAGCUUCAGGGAAUGAUUGUGGUGGCACUUCAGUUGAUGGCAGGUUCUUCCAGAUGCUUGUAAAGAUACUAGGUGGACCAGUGAUGAAAAAGAUUAAAGAUGAAGAUCCAGCUGCCUUCCUUGAUCUGUUUCGAGAAUUUGAGGCUGUAAAGAGAACAAUUGUAACUGGAAAAGAGGGAAAAGUAAACAUGACUAUUCCCUAUGCGUCUCUUGAUGCUAAUUGUAGAGAAAUGUUGGGAGAUGAUUUAAAAGCUGUGAUUGCGUCAUCUCCAUACGGAAAUGAAAUUUCACUACGUGUAGAUAAAAUGAGAAUUGAUGCACAUCUGAUGAUAAAUUUGUUCAAACCAACAGUUGACAACAUACUUUCUCUAAUGUCCGAAAUUCUCAAAGACAAAAAGGUACAAAAUGUAACUCAAAUUUUGCUAGUAGGUGGUUUCUCUGAAUGUCGACUUAUUCAAGAUGCUGUUAUCAAGAAAUUCUGGAAUAAAAAAAUAAUAAUUCCAGAAGAAGCUGGUCUUUCUGUACUAAAAGGUGCUGUUUUGUUUGGUCAUAGGCCAGACUAUAUCCAGUCCCGUGUUCUGCGAUUCACAUAUGGUGUUGAAGUAAUAGAAGUAUUUGAUACGACCACACACGAUGUCAAAUAUCUGUUGAAAAUCGAAGGAGAAGAUAAAUGUGACAAGAUAUUUUCAAAAUUUGUUUCGAAAAACGAGACUGUUAAAGCAGGGAAGAGAGUAAGUGGUGAAUUUUAUACGUCGCACAAGAUGCAAUCAGCUAUCACCUUUCCAGUUUAUGUUUCCACAAACGAAGAUCCAAUGUACACAGAUGAUGAAAGCUGUACACAACUCUGCCAAAUUAGUUUAGAACUUCCUGAUCCAACUGAAGAAGAAAGAACCGUUGAUGUUGAAUUUGUGUUCGGAAAUACAGAAAUAAGUGUAAGUGCAAAGGAUCGCAAUUCUGGAAAAGAAAUUAAAACAAAACUCAAUCUUAUAUAAUUGUAUUGCUAUUAGCUGUGUUCUCACUAAGUUGAAAACGUAUUUUUAGAUUUCAUUUGACAUUCUUUUAGCAUUUAACUAAU